AUGGCGGCGAACUUCAGCUCUGCAGAAGACAUUUGUGAAGGAGAGAACUGUGGAUCCAUCACAGAUGUGACGUACUACAUUAAGGAAAAGAAGAAGCUCUGCGAGGACUGCGCCUCCAAAGAGGGAUGCAUCGGAAAAGCAAGAAAGGGUGGGUCCAAUCUUUAUUGUGAGAAGCAUGAUGAAGAAAUCAAACUGUAUUGUAAAACACAUGGCGUACCACUGUGUUAUUCAUGCGCAAUGAAAGACCAUCAGCAGCCUUGCGUUCAACAGGAUAUAGAGGGCGCCAUCGUGGAAUGUAAAGCGAGUCUAAUCACUCUAAAGGAAAAAGCGAAUGAAAAGUUAAAGCUUUGUCGAGUUUAUGGAGAUCAGAUUCGUCAGUGUAGAAUUGACACCGACACCCAUCUACAAGCUUUGAAAGAUGAAAUUGAUUUGGUAUUCAAUGAGGCGAUUCAAGCAGACAAAGAAAGAGAGAAGGAAGAUGCCGCGAAAAUCAACCAGGAAAUUGAUGAAAAGAAUCAGAAACUUCAAGAGGAGAUUCAAAAGAUGAAUGACAAGAUUCAAAGGAAUGAGGAGGAGAGAGAGAUGCGACAUGAACUUCACUUGGCAAAUUUAGACAACAAGGCGAGAACCCAUCGACAAUAA